UGAGUGACCCUGUUAUGUUUUUCACCAGUUUCAGUAUAAAUUGUCCUUUAAUCUCCCUCAAUUUCCCAAACCGUCACUCACAGGGAGCUUUUAGCUGUUCACCUUCCUCACUUGCUCCUGGAUUCUGACACAGUCUCUUGAGUGUUUAUGUUCAGGAUUUUGCCCAGAAUGGGAGUACUUUGGAUGUUGUUUUUAAUUAUACUUUUACAUAUUUCUAGAGGCAACACUUCAGGGGCUCUUGUUUCCAGCUGUGAUUCAUGUCAUCUGGAAUCCACCUGCUUGGAGUCACAAGAAACAGGCGACUCUUUCUCCAGCCCGGUUCUCUCUUGUGUCUGUAAAGACGGUUUCGUAGGUGAUGGAUUAAGCUGCUACGAUAUAAAACUCUGCAAUGACUCGUCGUGCUGUAGUCAAGGUUUCCACUGGUCACCAGACAGUGGAUGUGUGGACAUUGACGAGUGCUCCCUCUCUAACCCACCCUGCACGCCACCUGAGAUUUGCUACAACACACGAGGAUCAUUUCAAUGUCUGGCGCCUUCCUCCAGUGACAUAAUAAUCCCCCCGCACUUCGCCCGGUUCAGCUGUGAACAUAAAGUUUGUCCUUUAGGCUGGGACUGCAUCCGACUAGAUGUGACGAUCGGCUGUUAUGACCCAUGUGGCUUCUACACUGUACUGAAUGAUGACUGGCGUUCAACAAAUAACACUGAUAAUCAGGUCCGACACUGUGAUUACGAUAUUAACUGGCAGGGCUGGUAUCGCCUGUUUCUGAACAAGACCAGUGCUCGUAUUCCAGAGAGGUGUGUAGAAACACACAGGUGUGGAACUCAUGCUCCUAUGUGGAUAACAGAACCUCAUCCAACAAAGUCAGAUGGGAUUGUAAAUCGCACGGUUUGUAGUUCCUGGGGAGGGAGUUGCUAUUUCAGCUCAAAUACCAUUCAUGUCAAAAACUGUCAUGACUUCUAUGUCUACAAACUUGUGAAGCCAUCCACAUGCAGCCUUGCAUACUGCGCAGAGUUGGAUGUCAAUCGGGACAUAGGAGUUGAGGUUCAGGUCCGUCUGGCCAAUGGAGGAAACAGCUCUUGCUCUGGGAGAGUGGAGAUCUUCCACAGUGGACAGUGGGGCACAGUGUGUGAUGAUUCCUGGGACCUGAAUGAUGCUCAGGUGGUGUGCAGACAGCUGGGCUGUGGUAGGGUCCUAUCUGCACCAUCAAAUGCACAAUUUGGACAAGGAACUGGACCCAUCUGGUUGGAUGACGUCUCGUGCACAGGCAGCGAAUCAGAGCUCUCUGAAUGUCGCCAUAUAGGUUUUGGAUAUCAUGACUGUAGUCACAGCGAGGAUGCUGGUGUCGUCUGUGAAGCUGAUUCACCAGUUAGGCUUGUCAACUCUGACAACCGCUGCUCUGGCAGAGUGGAGGUCUUCCACAGUGGACAGUGGGGCACAGUGUGUGAUGAUUCCUGGGACCUGAACGAUGCUAACGUUGUGUGCAGACAGCUGGGCUGUGGAAGGGCUCGUUCUGCGCUCCAAAAUGCAGCAUUUGGACAGGGCAGUGGACCCAUCUGGCUGGAUGAUGUCAGAUGUUUUGGAAAUGAAUCAUCGAUUACAGACUGUAGACAUCGGCGAUUAAGGGUUCAAAACUGUGAUCAUAGUGAAGACGCCAGCAUCGUCUGUGAAGCUCACACAUCGUCCAUGACAACCACAACAACACCAGCAGACAACAGCACAGGAGUUGAGGGUCAGGUCCGUCUGGCUAAUGGAGGAAACAGCUCCUGUUUUGGCAGAGUGGAGAUCUUCCACAGUGGACAGUGGGGGACAAUGUGUGAUGAUUUGUGGAAUUUGAAUAAAGCUCAGGUGGUGUGCAAACAGCUGGGCUGUGGAAAGGCUCGUUCAGUGCUACACCGUGCAGCUUUUGGACAGGGCAGUGGACCCAUCUGGUUCAGCUUCAUCGGUUGUCAUGGAAAUGAGUCGUCAAUAGGAGACUGCCUGUAUCUAAUGGAUGGGAUUCUAAUCUGUGGUCAUGUGGAAGACGCUGGUGUCAUCUGUGAAGACAACAGCACAGGAGUUGAGGGUCAGGUCCGUCUGGCCAAUGGAGGAAACAGCUCUUGCUCUGGGAGAGUGGAGAUCUUCCACAGUGGACAGUGGGGCACAGUGUGUGAUGAUUCCUGGGACCUGAAUGAUGCUAAUGUGGUGUGCAGACAGCUGGGCUGUGGAAGGGCUCGUUCUGCGCUCCAAAGUGCAGCAUUUGGACAAGGAACUGGACCCAUCUGGCUGGAUGAUGUCAGAUGUUCUGGAAAUGAAUCAUCAAUAACAGACUGUAGACAUCUGGGGUUUGGAAUCCACAACUGUGGUCAUAAUGAAGAUGCAAGUGCUGUAUGCGAAGUUCAGCAACCUUCACUUCAGCCCACCCAACUUAUCUGUGGCCGUGACAAACUCCAGGUAGGACUCCUUUUGAGUAGCCUGGUUUCUGCUGGUUUGGAUCCAUUCUCUGGAAACUUGGCUUCUCACAAUUGCUCCUGGGCCACAAUACGCGAUGAUAUUGUUUGGUAUGAAGUGGAGGCUAAGGCCGGUGCCUGUGGAAACAUCGUGAGCACCAACCGCACACAUGCCAUCUACUCCAACAGUUUAUUUAUAUAUCCAACAACUAAUACAUCCUUUGCUGUUCCUGUGAGUCUUCCCUUCUCCUGUGCUUAUUCCCUGGACACAGACACCAGCCUGAACGUGGCUAUCAGACCAGAGCUAUCGUGAGUAGGCUUUAAUUGAAUGUAGAUUUAACAUCACUUCAUCAUCUGCAGUCAUUAAAAAAAAAAAAAAAAGUCUCUGUUUGUUUAUUUCUUACAUGUUGUAAUGGGUAGAACAACUGGGCUGUUAUGAAGAGUUUCAGUAAUCUAAUAAUGUAAUAUGAUGGACAGUUCUUCUUUAUUCACUAUGCCUGGUAAAUGUCUGCCCGUCAAAGACGAUGUUUGCACUGGAUUUAUGUGGUGAUGGACAGAAGAGUACCAGCAACAUAGUUAUACCAAUAAAAUGCUGUCAGAGGAGUGAUGUUGAGAUUUCACUAUCACAUUUGUUGUAAAACAUAUUGACAGCAAAAUAACAUAAAAGGAUGAACUGUUAACAGCGAUUAACUGUUGUAUCACAGGUUUGUGUUAUCUACUCUGUUCUACUACCCUUGUUAUCAAACAACAAUGCAGAAAAUAAUAAUAUAAUAAUAAAAAUUAAGGUACCAACA